ACUUCACGUUCAGUAAUUAGGGCAAAGGUAACGGGAGCGAUUCCCGGUGUGGCGUUGAAUGUAACGUACGCUUUAAGGUUCUCCAGUAAAGUAUCAAGACUCCGUUUCACCGUUGCAGUUUAUAGCCGUUUCUGUUCCUGCACUGCUACAGUCUCCUGAGCUGAUUUCGCCCAGCAAUAAUGGAUAAUCAGGCGUUCGAGUCCACCGCGGAGCGGACCUUUCAGUACCAGAGCAGCCUCCCUCCUCUACCUGUACCCGGUCUACACGACUCGCUCAGCAAAUACGUGCAGUCAGUAAAACCUUUUGCGUCUGAGGAAGAGUUACGAGCCACAGAGGCCAUUGUGAAACGCUUUGAGGAGGGCAUUGGACAAGAGCUACAUCAGAAGCUUCUGAAGAGAGCCAAGAGCAGGCGCAACUGGCUUGAGGACUGGUGGCUGGAUACAGCGUAUCUAGAGGUGCGCAUCCCCUCUCAGCUGAAUGUGAAUUUUGGAGGACCUACAGCCUAUGUGGAGCAUGUCUGGCCUGUACGUGAUGGCACACAGCUGGAGAGGACCAGCUUGAAUCUGUGGUUCACCCUCCAGUACUGGGACCUUAUUCGCACGGAGAGGCUGGCCGUUCAUAAAGCAGGAACGAUGCCCUUUGACAUGGAUCAGUUCCGGAUGCUCUUCUGCACCUGCAAAGUGCCUGGCGUCAAUAAAGACACCAUCCUCAACUUCUUCAAAACAGAGAGCGAAGGCCCCUGCCCUUCUCACAUGAUAGUGAUGUGUCGUGGGAGGGUCUUCACGUUCGAUGCUCUCUGUGAUGGCCGUAUCCUCACUCCCCCAGAGCUGCUGAGACAGCUGACUUACAUUAAAGAAUGUUGUGAUGGAGAGCCGGAGGGCGAUGGAGUGAGCGCUCUCACCACCGAAGAAAGGACUCGCUGGGCAAAGGCUCGAGAUUAUCUGAUCUCCAUUGAUCCUGUGAAUAAGACCAUACUAGAGACCAUUCAGAGCUCUUUAUUUGUGCUCGCCCUGGAUGAUGCCCAGCCCUAUUCCACCCCUGAAAACUACACACAGAUGACUCACCUGGCAUUAACUGGUGACCCCACGAUCCGUUGGGGUGAUAAAUCCUACAAUCUCAUCUGCUUCUCUAAUGGGACCUUCGCUUCUAACUGUGAUCAUGCACCAUAUGAUGCCAUGGUUUUGGUAUCUAAUGGGUAUUAUGUAGAUCAAAAAUUGAGGGCCUGUGGUGGAGUGUGGAAGGGUUCAGAGGUUGUGCGUGAGAUGCCCGUCCCGGAGGAGCUGAUAUUCACCGUGGAUGAACGGGUGAGGAGAGACAUCGUCCUGGCUAAAGAACAGUACACCAAAAGUUCUCAGGACCUGCAGGUCGUCAGCUACGCCUUCACCUCAUUUGGAAAAGCAGCCAUUAAGAAGAGAAAGCUUCACCCUGACACUUUCGUACAGCUGGCUCUGCAGUUAGCAUACUACAGGCUACACGGAAAGUCUGGUAGUUGUUAUGAGACGGCCACCACGCGCCGUUUCUUUCACGGCCGCACGGAGACCAUGAGGCCCUGCACUGUGGAGGCCCAGCGCUGGUGCAGAACCAUGUUGAACCCUACCUCCACUACUGAAGAGAAAAGACAAGCUUUGAAUGCAGCCUUCAGCAAACAUAACAAAUUGAUGGCAGAGGCACAGGAUGGAAAAGGGUUCGACAGACACCUCCUGGGUUUAUACCUGAUUGCCAAGGAGGAGGGGCUUUCUGUGCCUGAACUCUACACUGAUCCGCUCUAUACGAAGAGCGGAGGAGGGGGAAGUUUUGUUCUUUCCACGAGUCUGGUGGGCUACACCACUGUACUCGGGGCAGUUGCACCCAUGGUGCCACACGGAUAUGGCUUUUUCUACCGCAUUCGUGAUGACAGAAUCGUUGCGUCCUGCUCCGCUUGGAAGUCCAACCCAGAGACAAAUGCUGAAACACUGUUUCAGAGCCUCUGCACCUCUUUACAUGACAUGAUGCACGUCACUACCCAGUCCCAGCUGUGAAGCAGAGCAUUCUGGGAAGUGACCUCACUGCUUUUGUUAUGCCAAUGGACAGAAGCUAAAGGGCCGAUGACUCAGACAUAGACAGAUCUACCAUGCUGUGAAUUUAAAAUGGUUAACAUGCUCUCUUUCAGAAUAUAUACAUUUAAAUUGAGUAAAAUUGUGAAGAGAUGUAACAUUUGUUUGAGAAAUGAUCAGACAUCAAAGCAAUAGGUUACCCAAAAAAUCACUUACUCCCCUCAAGCAGUUCAAAUCUGUAUAAAUUUCUUUUUGUCGAACACAGAGGAAGAUAUUUUAAAGAAAGAUUGUAACCAGACUCCCAAAGUAUUUUUUUUUCCUACUAUGGAAGUCAAUGGUAGUUUCCUGGAACUACUUGAGGGUGAAUAAAUGACAGAAUUAAAAUUUUUGAGUGAACUAUUCCUUGAAGAUGCCGAUUUUCAGAAAGAAUCUAGAUUUAGCUGGUGCUUUAAAACGGUCACGUGCCUUCGGUUAGUCUUCUCUGAAUCAGGAAAUCCUCCUCUGAGAGGCUGCAUGACACUUAACCUACGGUUUUUGAUACAUUAGCAGUAUUGCUUCCUGUUAACUGUAGACCUGUGAAACUGUAUAUCACAGGAUGCUCAUGCACUAGAGAGAGACUUUAACAAGAUGAUUUUUAGAUGAACUUCAUCAAGUGUGGAAGUCCAUCUUGACCUGUUAUUCACCUCAAGCAUAAAUACACAAUAGAUGUACUGUUAAUGCACAAAUCAAUGCAAAAGUGCAAGUAUAAUGAAGAUAUAUAUUUCCUCUUUAUUUUCUUAAUUUGAAAAUUUCCUACUAUUGUGUAGCCUUUUCAGUGUUUUUAUAAUGUAGAUGUACACGCUUAUGUAAAAACAUUUUACCGUUUGUUAACAAAUGUAGGUUUAAUUUGCACUGUAUUCCUAGAUACUGGGAAACACUGAAUAAAUGUUCCUGAAAUUUCAA